GGAAAUUUCCAGUCUGUCUACUCAGAGCUAUAUUAGCGAAAGGGAGCGGAGAAACAGACAGAAGCAGACUUUUACGGCUCGAAACAAUCUUAAAGAAUAACUUCAAGACAAUCUUUCGGACUCUUAUUGAUUUGACUGAAGAACGCUUGGAUCUAUAUUUCCACUUCCCGUCUUCACUUCACAAGUUCACAUUCAGCAUGUCUCAGCAGCAGAUUAGCCUCCCAGCCAAGCUCAUUAAUGGCGGUAUUGCUGGCAUUGUUGGAGUCACCUGUGUCUUCCCCAUUGACUUGGCAAAGACCAGGCUGCAGAAUCAGAGACCAGGUCAGCAGGUCUACAAGAGCAUGAUGGACUGCCUUGUCAAGACAGUUCGAUCAGAGGGUUACUUUGGAAUGUACAGAGGCGCUGCUGUAAAUUUGACCCUGGUUACCCCCGAGAAGGCAAUCAAGCUGGCUGCUAAUGACUUCUUCAGGCAACACCUCGCCAAGGAUGGAAAGGGGCUGACGGUGUUCAAGGAGAUGCUGGCGGGUUGCGGUGCAGGCAUGUGCCAGGUCAUUGUCACCACGCCGAUGGAAAUGCUCAAGAUACAGCUACAGGAUGCAGGCAGACUCGCUGCCCAGCAGAAAAAACCAAUCAUGAUGUCUCCCACAAAGCUUGUGGCCACCAACACCGUGCUCAGCCGCUCCUACAACUCUGGCACGGUGGUCUCCGCACCGCGAGCUGUAUCUGCCACACAGAUCGCAAAAGAACUCCUCCAUACGCAGGGCAUCCAGGGGCUGUACAAAGGCCUGGGGGCAACACUGAUGAGGGACGUUCCCUUUUCUAUGGUCUACUUCCCAUUGUUCGCCAACCUGAACCGCCUGGGCAAACCCAGUCCCGAGGAGUCGUCACCCUUCUAUUGGGCUUUCCUCUCAGGCUGUGUGGCAGGAUCUACGGCUGCUGUGGCUGUUAACCCCUGUGAUGUGGUGAAGACUAGACUGCAGUCACUGACCAAAGGAUCCAAUGAGGAAUCUUACAAUGGAGUUGUAGAUUGUGUGAGUAAAAUAAUGAGGAAGGAGGGGCCCUCCGCCUUCCUGAAGGGUGCUGGCUGUCGAGCUCUGGUCAUCGCUCCUCUGUUCGGCAUUGCACAGGUUAUGUACUUUGUUGGCAUUGGCGAAUACAUCCUGGACAGCUCUCCUCUAAGCCUCCUGACGGCAUGAGCAUAUCGACUGAUGCAAAGGACCUUCUGAGCAUCGAUGGUGGAACGACUGGCAGCUAUAUUCCAUCGGUUUACAAGUCUUGUCUGACUCGAGUCAGAAAGACUUCAGGGUGUGUUGAGACCUAGGAUUUCAUCUUCUGUAUGGUCUGACAGCUGUGUUGCACUUGAACACUUUGGAGACUUAUUCAGUAGGCUAUGGCCAACAUUUGCACUUGAAGCUGUUAGCCUUAUUGGACCGGGGGACUCAGAGUUGCAGUGUUAUUCUUUCUUUGUCCCAAAGACGGUCCCGUUCUGUUUCCCUCUGUGAGGGAGGGGAGCUUACUCCAUCGAAGAGAUAGACCUAUUUGUGUGUGUUCUCCCAUGCAAUCACAUUUCAUAUUAUAUAUUUUGUAUGUGCAUGCUAGUUUUAUUUUAUAUUGCUGAAUUGCAGCAGCUUGCAGUACUUAUGUUUUUCUGUUGCUGUCUCAUGUUACAAAGCUUCAACGUGGAACGAAGGCUUCAGAUGAGGUUACAAUGGGGCCCAAUUUACACAAGUUAUUGCAAAGGGAUCUUUUUUUUUUCAUUUUGUUUUUUUUACAUACAUUAAAACAAUGUGAGUGUACAUGUUUCAUUUGAAUGAUCAUGAACCCUGCUAUUGACAUGGGACCAUAUACAUGCCAAACCAUUAACAGUGUCCUGUUUAUAUAUUUGAUAUUAACCCUACAGUUGUAGUCUGUAAACUGCAGUCGUAUCUUAAUAUCUGCAAAAACUUGAGAUGCAUUCAUGCACAUUAUAUGUAUGUGUUUGUCCACAUAACUUCAAUUUCUACAUUUAUAUAUGCAUACCUACGAUUACACUCAAAAUGAUAUUUUUGGUUUAUGCCUUACGAGAGCAGAUUAGCACUUCUCUCUGAAUAAACAAGGGUCUUGGCCAAAAUAAGCAUUAUUACUGUGACUGAGCAAAUAAAAGAAGAUGUUACCAUUUUUGUUUUGAUUGCUUUUUGUAUAUACACAUUAAAAUUUGCAACAUGA